GGCAUGCUGUGUGCUGCUGACGGUCUGCAUUAGAUUACAGCGCCGCUGGUUCAGAGUCGGACCUGCGUCUUUAAUAAUCCGGCGACAUUAGUGCUGGAAGUACGCGUGUGUAGUGUGCAGUAUGCAGUGCGGUAGAGAGCACUGACAGCGCUGCAGUAAUUGGUGGCAGUGUCCUGGUCAUUACGUGCUACGGGCCGCGAUAAAAUGGGUCCAAAUCGCUGUGAAAAGUUAUAAAGAGAGAAAAAUGGACUAUAGACGCAAAAGGAGACUGACGUUCUUCACUAUAGGACUGAUCUUCUUACUGAGCGGCAUUGAGUACGCUGUGAUUUUGCCCACAAUAUGGAGGUAUCUGCAGACGUUAAAUGCAGCACCGUACUUUCUUGGUCUCAGCCUAUCAGCGUUCAGCUUCAGCGGGCUUCUCGCUGGUCCUUUGUUUGGCCUCUGGUCAGAUCGCACACUCUCCACCAAGAAAGUCAUCCUGUUCGCCAAUGUCUUUGAGAUUGUUGGUAAUUUCAUGUAUUUUAUGGGAUACUCCAAAUGGUUAUUGCUCAGCAGUCGUCUAGUUGCAGGUAUUGGCACUGGUGCUGGAUCAUCUAUCUUCAGCUUCUUGACUAGAAAUACAGCCUCUGAGGACCGUUCGACUGUUUUCGCUGCGGUUAUGGCCUGCCGUCAAGCUGGGCUUCUGAUUG